ACAGUACAGAUGACCAGAGACUGCGGACACAGUACAGGAGAUGACCAGAAACUGCGGACACAGUACAGGAGAUGACCAGAGACUGCGGACACAGUACAGGAGAUGACCACAGACUGCGGACACAGUACAGGAGAUGGACCAGAGACUGCAGACACAGUACAGGAGAUGACCAGAGACUGCAGACACAGUACAGGAGAUGACCAGAGACUGCGGACAGUACAGGAGAUGACCAGAGACUGCGGACACAGUACAGGAGAUGACCAGAGACUGCGGACACAGUACAGGAGAUGACCAGAGACUGCGGACA